CCUGAACUUCAUCUUAAACGCCUUCCUUUACUAAGUAGAGGUUGGGUGUUUCAAGAGCGUUUCUUGUCAAAACGAGCUCUUUACUUCAACCAGCAUGAACUUUCCUGGAGCUGCCAAAACGGGGUCACUAUUUGCGAAUGUGGGGAUAAACAUUCGUAUGGAGGAGACGGGUUCCAAGCCGUGAUAAGCGCUACCCGAAGAUGGACGACUAUUGUACAACAUUACUCGAGGUUGUGGCUCACUAUGCAAAAGGACAAACUCCCGGCGUUAUCUGGUGUAGCUCAUGAAUUCGAACUCAAGGCGAACAAAUCAACACCUCCUGGGAAAUACUGCGCUGGCCUGUGGGAAUCAGAUCUCGUGGUACAGUUGGGCUGGGCAGUGAAUUCUGGUCCCUUUGCCCGACCAAUAGGACACAGAAGACCAAUCAAGUAUCGAGCACCGAGCUGGUCAUGGGCCGCAGUUGAUGGUGAGAUAGUGUUCCACUUGCGCAGGGAGGCAUUUAGACAUGGCAGUCUCUUCACAGCCCAAGUUUUGUCUGCGCAAUGCGUGCCGUCCUCAACAGAUCCUUAUGGCCAGGUAUCUGACGGAUACCUUGAAUUAGCAACGAUACUAUUUCGGGUCAGCAUACCCAAAGAUGUCCAGGACCCCGGAGCACGCACAAAUAUAACUCUUGAAAAAGGAGAUACGUUGACUGGGCCUGGCCACGCCAUUAUUGACUCUCCAGACGAUAACACAAGAAUUGGAUAGGGUCACGCAGUAGUGGAGGCAUCAGGCGCACUCUUGAUGCACACCAGGUUUCCGAGAAUGCACUUACUGAGUUUCAUUUUAUUAGAACCAGAAGAUACUAAUGACAACGGUUCUUGCCAGCAGCGAUGGAAACGAUUUGGUUUUGCUCGAGUUGAAAUAAGUGAAGAGCAGCUUCCUGUUGUAUUAGAGAUGCUUGGCGAUUCACUGGAGACUCUUACAAUAAUUUAGCCAGUUAAUAUUUGGC